GCAAGCACACUAUAUAUACUCGACUGUACCUUGAUUUCGAAGUAUCAAUAUAAGCGUCUCAAGCCAUGUCUAAUUCAAAAGCAGAAGAACUUCGUCUUCCCAUGGCCGUGUUGAGUAGGGUGAUCAAGUCCAGUUUACCAAGUGGUGCAGCUGUGUCGAAGGAUGCGCGUACCCAUAUAAUGCGUGCAUGUGCUGUGUUCAUACUCUACCUCGUUACGCAAGCGGAAGAUCAUACUACAUCGAAGAAGAGAAAGACAGUGAACGUGGAAGAUGUGAUGGUUGGUUUGAAGACGGCUGGUUUCGAAACAAUACAUGAAGCGCUACACGACGCCUUUGAGUCGUACAAAGCAUCGAGGGCAAGCAAAGCGAAGCAUACACGCAAACAUCCGACUACUUCACGAUCAACACAAGAGUCUGAGGAUUCCCAUGACGUGGAGCGCCCUUCAAGGCAAGGCAUGCUUGAUGACGUGGAUAUCGAAGACCUCUCUACUGCUACUGUUUGAAACUUGCUCUAGGCCUCGGGCAUACAAGCGAUUUCAGUCGCGAUGCAAUCUGGCAUUGCCAGAUGUCUUCAAGUGUAAUUGCAGACUAUAAAUGCAUAAUGUGUAUAGCUUUCGCAGAUUGAUAAAGUGCUCUAUCUCCUGU